CGUGCAUUGAAGUUCUACGUGCAGAAAACUGGCGGUACAUGAGACCAUACCGGGCUGGGUUUGAUAUUGCAGCCUGGCGGGUUGUGCAUGCGUACAAGGUGAAGAAUGCCGAGGGAGCCAUAACCAGGUCAGAGAAACAGUCUCGUACACAGAGAAACUAGUGGAUCGUUGAUGAAGGGCGGUUCUGUAGAGAAAAGCGCAUCACGGCUUUGGUCGACUUGUCGUGGACGUCACCGGCUACCCCCCCUCCCACACUGACAGACACCCAUGUCCAGGUUCGUUUCAACGCCGGUGAAACAAGUGGUAUCGCCGCGGUAACUUCACAUCUUAAUUCAGAACCUACAACAUUUCUGUUCACAUUUGCUUCUCACUCUGCUGAACAUAACCCGACAACAUGCCCUUCCCCCACAAGACGGUCCUCGUUACCGGCGCCACAGCCGGCAUUGGCCGGGCGCUGGCCGAGCGGAUGGUAGAGAACGGCGUCUUCGUCAUCGCAGUCGGCCGGCGCAAGGAACGCCUACAGGAGCUCGAGGCCAGGUACGGCCGGGACAAGGUCGUGGCCGAGGAGUUCGACCUGACCAAGACAGCCGAGAUCCAGCCAUGGGCUCAACGCAUCACCAAGGAGUACCCAACCCUGUCCUCCAUAAUUCUCAACGCAGGCAUCCAGCGCACCCUCGACUUCACCAACCCCUCGUACGAGGAACUCUCCUCCAAGAUCACCAGCGAGGUCGACACCAACUACACCUCCCCGCUGCUCACCAUAACCGCCUUCCUCCCGCACCUCAUCUCGCUGGGUGGUGGUGCUGGUGCCUCCUCCCCAACCCCCGCCUCUGUGAUCCUCGUCACCAGCGGUCUCGCCCUCGUGCCCCUGGCCCGAUGCGCCAACUACUGCUCCACAAAGUCGGCACUGCACCACUUUGGCCUCUCGCUCCGCUCCCAGAUGCAGUCCAGCACGAACACCCAGCACGUCCGUGUCAUUGUAGGUUCAUCAACCGCCCGCCCGGCCGCCCCCCUCCUUACAUAUACAUACAUGUAUAUUCCCCUCCUAUGGGCUGUUUCUCAUCGAAAGUUGACACCCUUUGCCAAGGAUAUCUUGCCGCCCGCAGUUCAGACAGAGUUGCACGAGCUCCAGCCUGAGCUGGUAGCUGCGGGCCAGGCCCAGAUAGGAAUGCCCCUGAAGGCCUUCAUUGACGAGACAUGGGCUGCCAUGGACAGAUGGGACGAGAACGAGAAUGAAAUCAUGGUAGAGGAGAUGAGCCAAAGGUGGGGCCAUAUUGAUGAUGAGAAGAAGACGGCGUUCAGGCGGCUAGAGGCCAUGAUGAAGGGAAUGGGCGGUCUGAAGGCUUGAACCGACAAUUACUGCAGACAGUACAUCGAUCUUCACGUCGCGGGGAGGCCAGGUGUUGGCUCAAGGCCUCGGCUUGAAUUCUGUAUUUCUACCUAGAUACAUCGCACAAUGCUAUGGUGCGGGUAAAACGACGGACAAGUCAGGGCAUGACGCCUCACCACUCUGCGGCUUGAGAGAGCCCCCCCAGUCAUCCAUCACUAUUCCAGUCUGGAUGUCACACCGACCCUAGCCUGAAGACUCGCGGGAGAAACAGCGCGUUAGCUGCUCGUUGCACCCAGUCUUGAUAGAGCCCACCCCCGUCAACUGAGUUGUGUGCUUGACUCAACGUGUAUGUUUCCUCCUCCACCGUAGCCACGUGCGUAAAUGAUUGAAUAGAAUGGGAUCAAGCCAAGACCAUUCCCAUCUUUCUGGAAAUAGCCUGCUGUCUUGCUGAGAUCGAUAACAGCAGAGCGUGAAAUGCCAAACCCCCGCAAUAGCCUCGAUAUAGAGGUGGAGGCCACAAGGCCAAACUCAGGGUGCUCGGGGCGCAAAAGGCCCCGAGCCAGAAUAAAAGAAACCAAAAGGAAGAAGGAAAACUCGUAGCUGCCACCCAUGUCCAUCCACCCCUUCAUUUUCAUGAUGAGCCCGCAUCCAGGCACGUCAGCGGAGGAUCGACCUCAAGAGAAUGCUGGGGCGAGUUCUGCGUCGGGUGGUGGCGAAAGUGGUGCCAUAAUCGUCACUACGUAAGUGGAAGAGGGAGUGUGUCGAAGUAAAAGGCUGUUGGCGUCUCCAGUCGGCUUGCGGAUCAUGAGAGCAUGACACCGUUCUUGCGCUUCUCUGCGCAUGUCAAUACCAUCAUGGCAGACUUCCUCUGACUGGGGCUGUCGGAUCUCCCGUCCCUUCCCGUCCGCUUGAAGACGCUGGCGAAGCUACCAUUGCUAGCCGUCUCGUCGCCAGAGCCACUGCUGACGCUGUCAGCGCUCUUCCGAGCCUUCUGGCGCGAGCUGGGACGGUCUGAUCCUAUCGCGCCCCAGCUGCCAGUGCUCGUCCGAGAGCUGGGCACGCUAGGCUCCACCUCCUCGCCGUUGAGGCUGCCGGAUCCGGACCGACCAGACUCCGACUCGUUGUCCGUCAAGAGGCCCUGAGCCUCCUCGGCCGUCUCCGAGAUGGGACUGAUGGAUCCGCUGCUGCCAGUGCUGCUAACCUUGCGACGCUCGAUCCCGGCUCGCAUGAGGUUGUUGAUAGCUGAUCGGCGGGUGCGGGCAGCGAAGUUCUUGGAAGCCUCGUGCUUGGCAGAAGGUUUGGCCUUGAGCUCCUCGAUGGAGGGGGGACCACGUGGCUGACGGGUCGGGUGUUCACCGGCUCGCGCCUGACCAGGCCCAUAGCCUCCGGUCAUGGGCGUGAGCGGGAAGUUGGCAGUCUUAGGGCCCGCAGACUUGGGGGGUUCCUGGGAUGCAGAGAGGCUGGCGUUGGCAUUCUGGAUGCCGGAGAGCAUCAGAGACGACGACUUCUUAUGACCCCGUCGGAAAGCAUUGGCUGAUGGCGGGGGCAGAGGAGCCGGGUUCUCGAUCAUGGGAGACUCGUUGCGCCGGGGAGGAGUGUUCCUGCGGAAUACUGGCUGCGCGGCCUCCCUCGGAGGUGAGACCUGCACGCGUGGGGUCCCGCUGUUUUGUUGGCGCUGUUGGUAGAUGUUGUUCAACUGAGACUGGUCCGCGAACUGCGCGCUCAGCUGCGCAGACUGAUCAACGUAGUAGGCCUGCUGUCCGGUGGCCGGGUCGAUGUAGGUGUAGAUCGUCGGCUGCUGGCUGACCAUGGUGUUGUUGAGCAUGCUCUGCAUCUGCAGGGCCUGCUGCUGCAGUUGCUGCUGCUGGUACAGGUUCUGGUAGCUCUGCUGUCCGUUGAGGUUCAUAGCACUGAGCUGCUGCUGAGCCUGAGUCAGGUCAUACAGCUGCUGCUGCAACAUCUGACGCUGCUGGGCGAGCUGCAAGUUCUGCUGAACCAGCUUGGCGUACAGGUCAGGGUCCAGCUGCUCGUCCACGGCUUGCUCGUCGAUGGGGAUCUCGGGAGGGGCGAGGAUCUGCUCGGGAGUGAACUUCUGGCGCGCGUAGCCCAUGUUGUUGUUGGCGUAAGCUUGCUGGGCACCAAAAUGGGGUAGGGACGUCUUCGGCCCGUUGUUCAACAUGUGCUCCUGGACGCCGUACAAGGAAGUGUUGUUCCUGGCCUUGUUCGUCGGGGAAGUGUUGGCGCCGGAGGCAGCGAAAGUGGACGCGGCGGCGGACUUGGGAGCGGUGCGCAGGCCCGCUAGGAGAUGGCCGCGCGCCGUUCGGGGCGUGGGGAUGGCAUUCUCCUUGGAGUCAACAGGAGACUUGAGGGCGUCGACCGAGAGAGGCUUGAUAGACUGCCCGCCUCGCCUAGAAGCGAGGCCCGAGGACUGCAUGGCAAAGCCGUUGGGAGCGGGGAAAUUUUGUUGGGCCAUUGGAGCAAAGACCGCCAGUGUCUCGUACUCGAAUGGUUUUUGAGUGGGUUACCUUGAGUCGGUUCGAGGGAGUGGUCGAGAACGCGAUCAGGUCGUGUUCAGGUAGAGCCGGUGGGGGUUGAGUGAUUAAUCGGCGGUCGAGACCGUUGUCUUCCGAGCUGAGGCAGUAGGCUGCGAAGAAAUACAAUCAAACAGCUGACAAUUGAAUGGUAUUGCGCCAAAGUCGAACGUUUGGUCGUAGGGGUGUCGAUUAAUCUGAAGUGUGCUUGGGUGAAAGGGAAGCACUGAGGUUUUGAAGACCUGUCUAUUGGUUGUUGACUCGUCGCGAAAUGAUGCAAGUUUUCGAAGUUGCCGGACCCAAAAAGAAAAGACAAAAUCCAAAUGGACUGGUAAUAUUGAGAAAGUGAAGAAAUGCUGAGGCGCCUGUCACCCGAUCUUGUUGUUUUCGAAUGGGGAUGGCGGGGGUAUUAAAGGCCGGGUUGUUGCUGUGUUUUUUCUCCUCUGCGGAAUCUAUCGGGCGAUUGGUUUGUCGAGAGCAAGAACGACGUAAAGGACAGGCCGAUGAUAUUAAAGUGAGGUACUUGAGGGUCUUGCUGAAAAGAAUGGCAAAUGACGCAGUCGCGAUGCUAAAUCCUCCCAGGCGGAAGAGAGUCAAGGAAAAAGGGUGGUGGUUGCGAUGCGAGGUGCGAGGGAAAAGGGAAAAAGCCCGGCAGGAAAGCCUUGCUGGCUGACACGAGACGGGCGGGUCUUUUUGUGGUUUCUGCUUGGCCUGGGAGGCGGUGGUGCACACAAGCGGCAGGCGCGCAAGGUUUGCAGCGCAGGUGGGUGCGGGCAGGAGGGAAAAAAAGACUGGGAGGACCUUGCAAGUCAGGCCAAGGGGGUAGGGCAGGGCAGGCCUGGGUCCUAGUUCAAUGCUGUGAACGGAAAGGCCGAGGACGUCUUUGUCGAAAAGGACCCGAACCGCGUUCUCACAACACGCUUUCUUGAUCACCACAGGCGAGGUGAGACGAAAUGAAGAAUGACGAGGGGAGGGGAGGGAGGGCAAGAAAAAAAAAAGGUGAUGGAAAGGAAUUUUCGGAGUGGAGGACAACGCAGGUGCUUUGUGCCUGCGGAAUUGCUAACUGGCUCCAGCCCAAGCGGGUCCGUCGGCGGUUGGCGGCUGCUCGAUUUGGACAGGGUCAAUACGAUUCGAUGCCCGAGUACCCCGUACGGUGGUACCACUGUUCAAGUCAAAUCCACAAUCCACUCUUGCUGGACCGAUGCGAGUGGGCGGCCGGGCCUCUCAGCCUCUCAGUCUCUGGCUCUGGUUUCGCAGGGAGGUCUGAGAGUAGUCGUCCGGAGACACUGAUGGGGUUGUGGAGUGACUGAUGACUCCGAGAGAUCGAUCGAUUAUGACCCCAAGAGGAUCAGAUGGAUUGAUAGGUUGGUUGGGUGGAAGGGCGCAGGAAUAUGGCAGGCGACAGCAGCCAGGGCUGUGAGCCGGAGAAAUGAAAUAAAUACGGUGCCGAGCGUAGAAUAUACAGUGAUUAAAACAGUUGAUAUAGAGCCUGGGUGCGUUGCGAGAGCCCAGAGGAUUGGACCGGACUUCUUCAAGAUAGCCCAGGCGUUGACGCAGUCGAAGAGUUCGGUGUGUUGCUGGUGGAAAAGCCGUGCUGGAAUGGAGUGGGACGGGAUGAAAUGACGAUGUUUUUUUGACGUCGGUUGACCGAGGCUAUGACGGGGUAUCUUGAUUUGUGUGUUGUUGGUUUUUUCCCAGGCGAGAGAUGUCAAAGCAAAAGCUGAAUUCAAUUGUACAAGGGGAGGAAAUGAAUGAGGAGUCGAGAUUGUCUUGACGAACAACGAGAACCACAAGAGGAGGAGGACGAUGAGCAACAGCAGCAGCAGACACGCCAAGGUCGAAAGAAGAAGGGGUGACAGAAGGGGUCGUGGUAGGCAAGAAGUGCGAGUUGACAGGGGAGGUGGGAGAGAUGGAGGAACGAGAGGAAAAGGUUAAAAAGCCGACACACAGACACGACACCAUUCCGCACUCCUUACAGUACAGUACCUUCACCACGG